UGUUCUUCUCAGAAAUAUGUUGACCCUCCAGCCCAUAUUUACUAAGUAGAUGCCAACUAGGCCUAGGUUCGGUGAUGUUUACAAGGCUGGUGUUACAGGGAUUUAAGCAGAAAACAACAAAAAACAAUACACAAGCCAGAGCAGUUCUCACUGGCAGUUCAAAAAUGCUUGCAUGGGGUCAUGGGUGCUUGGCUCAGAUUCAGAGAUUGUUGCUGACUCAGACUCUCAUCUUUCAGUAAAACUAUACUGUAGAAGAACAAAAAUUAAUUUUUUUUUUUCUUUCUUUCCAAGCAGCUCCAAGACCCAGAGAAAGAGUUUUCAGGAUGCCAGAGCCAGCGAAGUCCACCUCUGCCCCCAAAAAGGGCUCCAAGAAAGCUGUGACGAAGACCCAAAAGAAGGGCGAUAAGAAGCGGCACAAGAGCAGGAAAGAGAGCUACUCCAUCUACGUCUACAAGGUGCUGAAGCAGGUCCACCCCGACACUGGCAUCUCCUCCAAGGCCAUGGGCAUCAUGAACUCCUUUGUCAAUGACAUCUUUGAGCGCAUCGCUGGAGAAGCCUCCCGUCUGGCCCAUUACAACAAGCGCUCCACCAUCACCUCCCGGGAGAUUCAGACGGCCGUGCGCCUGCUGCUCCCAGGAGAGCUGGCCAAGCACGCUGUCUCAGAGGGCACCAAGGCUGUCACCAAGUACACGAGCUCCAAGUAGCUGGACAUCACCUCUCCAAUGGGAUCAUCAAGCAUUGGACCCUCCACGCAAGCACAGGUGGGCAGCCAUGGUCUGGAUAAACAUCUCAGCUAUUAUCAACAGCAAUUUACAGCCUUGGGAUGGGCAUGAGAAGUUGCCUGGUGGAAGAGGAGAGGAUGAUCUGGAUGUCUGCCGUCUGACCUUCAUAGUCUGUUUGGGAUGUGCAGCGGGUUCAGCAAGGUUGGUGGAGGAGGCCCCUGCUUUCACAUCUCAUCCAAAGGACUGACCAACUGUAGUAUAUCCAAACUCUCCUCUGCUUGGCAAACAUGCAUGUUUGGCGCUGGUGGGGGAGACUGGCAGCAGCAACACAAAGACACUGUCUUUGAAGUCUUCCUGUUUGGCUGCUUUCUCACACUGAUCCUAGAUGGGCACCUAGAAGUCAGCACUGUUACCCUCUCCCUCAUAGCCUGGAUCUGUCCUGGGGUACAGCAGCACAGCCCACCCAGUGCUGGCAGAAGUGACAUUGACAGCUACUGGGCACAGGCUGUAGAACAAAAACCAUAUUGAUUCAACAGCUAUCUGUGCUUGACAGCCGGUGUUAAAGAGCAAGCCUGGCAGGCAGGCAGAUUACU